CGCACGCGCAGGGUUCGCUGGGUCUCACGAGCCCGGGUCCUUGCGCAGGCUUGGCUGCGCGUUCUCGCGCUGCACGUUCAGCUGGUUCCUCCCUCCUUCCGAGCCUCUCCCUUGGCCGCCCCGCGGGAGAGAGGCAGAGAUGGCAGAUGAGAUCGCCAAGGCUCAGGUCGCUCGGCCUGGUGGCGACACGAUCUUCGGGAAGAUCAUCCGCAAGGAAAUCCCAGCCAAAAUCAUUUUUGAGGAUGACCGGAAAUAAUAUAUGUACUGGGAAUGGAAUGGAGGAAUGACCAGCAGUUUAAGUUAGACAGAAGUUGGGGUUUGGAGCGGGAGAGGAUCAUUCAAAAAGUCCUGAGGGCAGAGAUCUCAGAAGGACAGUUUGAUGUGAAGAGUUGCAGGAGACCUGGAGAGUGCCUUGCUUUCCACGACAUUUCUCCUCAAGCACCAACACAUUUUCUGGUGAUACCCAAGAAACAUAUAUCCCAGAUUUCUGCAGCAGAAGAUGAUGAUGAAAGUCUUCUUGGACACUUAAUGAUUGUUGGCAAGAAAUGUGCUGCAGAUCUGGGCCUGAAUAAGGGUUACCGAAUGGUAGUGAAUGAAGGUUCAGAUGGUGGACAGUCUGUCUAUCACGUUCAUCUCCAUGUUCUUGGAGGUCGGCAGAUGCAUUGGCCUCCUGGUUAAGCAUGUUUUGGGGAUAAUCUUCCCUUCUCUAGGCAAUGAUUAAGUUAGGCAAGUUCCAGUAUGUUAAGUGGCACACUUAUUUUUGCCUGUGUAUGGAGAGAUUCAAUAAAUAAUUUUCAAACCAGAUACAUAAUAAAAGACAUUGUUGCAUGGUUUAUAGUC